AUGGAAAAUGUAAAAGUUUUGCUUUUUGUACUCUUGGGACUAAUUGUGAGCUCUUCUUAUUUGUAAAUGAUAGCAUAGACAAGACUGUUUAAACAUCCCUUUUACACUAUGUAUGAACAAAAAAUCAUACGCAAUUGCUGAUUUAAACAAGAUUAACACGCUUAUAGGCUGAUGGACUUUUGACGAUAAAUUUGGGCACGAUUAUUCUCACCAUAUAAACCCGCUUGAAACUGUUCCAAUGGCUGGACCUGGGCAAAGUAAUCUCUAAUUAGAGAAAGGGUCUUCUUUAUAUUUUGACAGCACAAACCAAGGUGUAAUUCCUCAUAUAUCAUACUACGAAAUUUCUGAGUUUUCUGUUAUGUUUUGAAUAUUUUUAACAAAAGAUUCCACUGGAGCGUGAAGGACAAUUUUUCAUAAAGGACAAAAUUCAAAUGAACUCACCCCUACAGUACUUUUAUGGCCUAAAGAAAGGCGACUUCAUGCAAGAGUUAGCACAGACUAUAACUGAAAUGAAGGAGUUGACUCAACUGCUAUUAUUAAUAUGAGGAAAUGGGCCCACAUUUCACUUGUAGGGAGCGGCCAAUUAUUGCAAUUAUAUAUAAACGGGUAUUUGGAUAAUCAAAUCAUACUGCAUGGAAAUAUUCAGUAUAACAGAGGUGACAUUUUUCUUGGAAAAGAUCCAUGGCAUAUGGGCUUUUCAGGAUAUUUUGAUGAUUUAAGAUUAUAUGAUGCAGCAAUUCAUGAAAAAGAUUUACUCGCUUUAGCAGAAUCUGCUUCUCCUAUGGCUGCCGCGAAUGGUGUUAUGCUUGGUUGCCAGUCUUGCAGCUAUCCUGAUGCAACCUCUGGUUGUAUUGACAAUUAUCAUAUAUGUUCUCUUGAAGAGCUCUACAGUGGCUCCUAUGAAGUAGCAAGAUCUAUGGGCUGGUUUAAAUCAAGCCCAGACGUUUGAGUCCACAACACCCCAGAGAAUCAUUCCACCAAAUCAGAAGAAAUGUACGAUUCUGACGUAUUUAAGUUAGGAUUAUGCUGCAGAGAUUAUUAA